UCAAGGGAGGGUACGAGAAAUUCUUCACACACUCCCAAAAAGGUUCGAACACAGAUGGUGAGGAACACCCACUCAUACCAAGGGAAAAUUGAUCCUUAAAGAUUUAGAUAAAAUAUCCAAUCACUAAAAGUCUAAAACAUGUAAUUUGGCGCGAAUUUGCGCGCCCUUUCUUCCUCUAAACCUCACUUCUUUCUUCACCAUAUUUUCAUGUCCUAUUUUCCAAAAAUUGCUGCUGCGAUUCAAUCAAUUAAUUCGAUCUCUUCUAUCAGAUUACGAUUGAAAUUUCUCGAUAUAUGUGCCGUUUCGAUGGCUAGUGAGAUUAGAAACGUUAGCAAUGGAACAAGCAAUGAUAAAAUUGAUUUGAGAAGGGGAUACCAAGUAGUUGUUGCGGCAACUAAGGAAAUGGGUAUUGGAAAAGAUGGGAAAUUGCCAUGGAAAUUGCCUUCUGACCUUAAAUUUUUUAAGGAUAUUACUUUGCAAACUUCUAAUGCUGAAAAAAAGAAUGCUAUUAUAAUGGGGAGAAAGACAUGGGAGAGUAUUCCUCGUAAGAAUCGGCCUUUGCCCGGUAGACUUAACGUUGUUCUCACUCAUUCUCGGGAUUAUGAUGUUGGAAGUUUGGAAGAUGUUGUGACUUGUGGAAGCAUCAAUUCUGCUUUGGAGUUGUUGGGAAUGCGCCCGUAUGAUCUUUUGAUUGAGAGGGUGUUUGUCAUUGGUGGUGGUCAGAUCUUGAGGGAGGCGCUUAAUGCUCCAGCUUGCGAUGCGAUUCAUAUUACAGAGAUUGAGACCGAUAUAGAGUGUGACACAUUUAUGCCCCCUGUGGAUAAUUCUUUGUUUCAGCCUUGGUAUUCGUCUUUUCCUUCGGUUGAGAACAACAUACGACACUCUUUCGUUACAUAUGUCCGUGUGAGAAGGACUGCGACUGAUAUUGGUACACAAAUCAAUACUACCAAGGCACUAUCUAGUAAGUCUAAGGUACAGGACUUCUCCUUCCUGCCUCAAAUGGUAUUUGAUAGACAUCAGGAGCAUUUGUACCUUAAGCUAGUUCAAGAGAUCUUGUCGAGUGGGAAUCUUAAGGAUGAUAGGACAGGGACGGGGACCCUAUCAAAAUUUGGUUGCCAGAUGCGGUUCAAUUUGCGCAAGAGUUUCCCACUUCUUACAACCAAGAGGGUAUUUUGGCGAGGUGUUGUAGAGGAACUAUUGUGGUUUAUUAGUGGUUCCACAAAUGCCAAGGUUCUGCAAGAGAAAGGCAUACAUAUUUGGGAUGGAAAUGCAUCCAGAAUUUACCUUGAUAGCAUUGGUCUACCGGACAGGGAAGAGGGGGAUCUAGGACCUGUUUAUGGAUUCCAGUGGCGGUACUUUGGUGCUAGAUAUACUAGCAUGCAUGCUGACUACACUGGGCAAGGAUUUGAUCAGUUGUUAGAUGUUAUACACAAGAUUAAGAAUAAACCAGAUGACAGGCGUAUUAUCCUCUCAGCUUGGAAUCCUUCUGAUCUUAAAUUAAUGGCACUGCCUCCAUGCCACAUGUUUUCUCAGUUCUAUGUAGCAAAUGGUGAGCUAUCCUGUCAAAUGUACCAGCGGUCAGCAGACAUGGGCUUGGGGGUUCCCUUUAAUAUUGCGUCUUAUGCUCUAUUGACGUGUAUGAUUGCUCAUGUCUGUGAUCUUAUUCCUGGGGAUUUCAUCCAUGUCAUUGGAGAUACUCAUGUUUAUCGCAACCAUAUUGAGCCUUUGCAAGAACAAUUACAGAAUCUGCCUAAACCUUUUCCUGUUUUGAAGAUCAACACUCAGAAGAAGAAUAUAGAUUCUUUUGUAGCAACUGAUUUCGAGCUUGUGGGUUAUGAUCCUCACCAGAAAAUUGAAAUGAAGAUGGCAGUUUGAAGUUCACUCUUGACUGUGAGUCUGUUAUGUUAAUAUUAGCCAUUGAUUAAUUGAAACUAUGUUGUCGUGUACCUUUUCAAGAUCAUGUAUACAGUUGCCUAUUUAUUGAUUAGGUAUUUAAGUCGCUACAAUACAUUUUUAUGUAUUAACUGUACUGAGUUUUUGUGCUGUUGAUCCUUUCUUUUACUUAAUCUAAUAUUUUGUAUUCAUUUGGCAAUGUAGUAUAGGAAUAAGUUUAGUAUGUUGAUACACAAUUAAUGAAUAGAAAAGGUUAAUUAAAAAAAAAA